AUGGAGACGGUGGCGGCCAUGGACGACGGGUGGACACCGCGGCGACAUCACCGUAACGGUGGCUUCUGGUUGAAAGCGGAGAUCGAGACGGACCGGGGUUCCCCCGUUCCCAGGGGCCCUGGGUUUGGGUUCGCCGCCGCCGUGCGAGAGCCACUGGUGAAGCUCCGGCGGCCCCAAUACGACUUCGAGAGGUGGGACUGGGACUACUUCGUCUGGCCUCACGACCGUCUCGACGCCAAUCUUGAGAUGAGGGACAGUGACCCGGAGGCGACGCUUGAGGCAGAUCUGAAGGCGAGGGAGAGCUUCCUGAACCACAGCACACUGCAGCUAGAGGCCUAUGAGAUGUCCCGGCACACGCAGGAGCAACACGCUGCAGCCUUGGCCUUGCGACCAUCUCGCCAGGUCUUAUCGGCUAUUUGUCAUUCUCACAAUCUGGAGAUGAGGGACAGUGACCCGGAGGCAACGCUUGAAGCAGACCUGAAGGCGAGCGAGAGCAUCCUGAAUCACAGCACACUGCAGCUGGAGAGCAGCUUGAUGUGCCAGGACGCCACUCUGGGAGUGAGGAGGAACAGAGAAAACGAGGCGAAGCUUGGGACUGACCGGAAGACGAAGGAGCAGAGCACGCGGCAGCUAAAGAGGUCUGAGAUGGAUCGACGCGCGAAGACGCAGCGCGAGGAGGAGAAGGAGAACCAAGAAGCCGGACUGCUCCGGACACCCAUGCCUGUCAUCGUCAACAAGAAGGCCGUAGGACCCAGAUCGGCGCGGCGUCGCCGUGUUUUCGCAGAAGCUAACCGGACCCUGGAUGGCCAAUGA